CGUGGGCUGGGCUGGGCGGUGCAGCUCCCUCCAGCCCAGCCAGGCCUGGGACGGUCACAGGUCGCCCCCUGGGCCCUUGGCCACGCCCUCCCUCUGACCUCCUGACCCCUCCCGCAGUCGGCGGAGCCCAGACACGGUUGCUGGCAGGGCAGCCCUCGCAGGGGACAGGUGAGCCUCUGACUGGGCCCCUCCUCCCCAGGUCUUCCAGAUGGGCAGCAGGAGGCUCUGGAGGCCGUGCCCAGGCUCUGAACUACCCUAGGUCUGGAGACUGACUGGCCGUGGGCCCUAGAUAUGGCCCAACCGCUGGCCUUUGUCCUCAAUGUCCCAGAGACCCCAGAGGACCCAGAGGGCAGCCAGGAGCCCAGCCCCUAUGAUGAGAGCGAAGUGCACGACUCCUUCCACCAGCUCAUCCUGGAGCAGAGCCGCUGGGCUGCUGAGGAGGGCCUGGAGCUGCAGCGGAGGGAGCCGGGGACCGGAGCCCUGGGGCACUCAGGCAGUGACCGCCAGGCCCUGCUGGGGCCUGAGGACGCCCCCGCCCACAGCACGGCCACGCUCCGCAUCCUGGCCAGCAUGCCCAGUCGCACCAUCGGCCGGAGCCGGGGUGCCAUCAUCUCCCAGUACUACAACCGCACUGUGAAGCUGCGUCGCCGGGCCAGCCGGCCUGAGCUCAAGGCCGCCAGCCGCUCAGCCCGGCCCAGCCUCCGCCUGUAUGACCUGGAGCUGGACCCCAUGGUCCUGGAAGAGGAGGAGAAGCGGACCCUCCUGGUGAAGGAGCUUCAGGGCCUGCCGGUGGCCCAGAGGGACCACAUGCUUCGGGGGAUGCCUCUGAGCCUGGCCGAGAAACGCCACCUGCGAGAGGACAGCCGGAGCCCGAGGGGCAAGCCAAGGGCCCGGCAGGGCGGCCGGGGGCUCCUCUCCUGCUGCGGCCACCUCCGGGACGGCUGUAUCCUGGCCUUGCACAACCUGGGGCUGGCGCUGCUCUCAGGGCUGCAGGCCCUGAAGCCCUGGCACUACGCCCUGAAGCGGAUCGGGGGUCAGUUCGGCUCCAGCGUCCUCUCCUACUUCCUCUUCCUCAAGACUCUGCUGGCCUUCAACACGCUUCUGAUGCUGCUAUUGCUGGCCUUCAUCGUGGGCGUGCAGGCUGCCUUCCCGCCCAUGCCUUUGGGCUCCGUGCCUGCCUUCACGGGCCUGGAGCUCCUCACUGGCGGGGGUCGCUUCACCCACACCGUCAUGUACUACGGCUACUACAGUAAUGCCACCUUGAACCAGCCUUGUGUCCCCACACUGGAUGGCAGCCAGUGCACCCCUGAGGCGGGCAGCCUGCCCUACAACAUGCCCCUAGCCUACCUCUUCACCAUGGGGGUGGCCUUCUUUAUCACCUGCAUCACUCUGGUGUACAGCAUGUCUCGCUCUUUUGGGGAGAGCUACCGUGUGGGCAGCACCUCGGGGGUCCAUGCCAUCACUGUCUUCUGUUCCUGGGACUACAAAGUGACUCAGAAGUGGGCCUCCCGCCUCCAGCAUGACAACAUCCGAACCCAGCUGAAGGAACUGCUGGCCGAGUGGCAGCAGCGGCAGGGCCACCGGAGCAUGUGCGUGUGGCUGCGGCAGGUGGCUGUGCUGGGGCUCGUGUGGCUGCUGUAUCUGGGGACCACGCUGGGCUGUGCCGCGGCCGUCUACACCUUCUCAGAGCUUGUGAUUGAGAGUCCGGUGUCUGCCGAGCGGGAGGGGGCGCUGCUGGCCCUGCCCGUGGUGGUUGGCCUCAUCAACCUGGGGGCCCCCUACCUGUACCGCUGCCUGGCCGCCCUGGAGCGGCAUGACUCCCCGGUGCUGGAGGUGUAUGUGGCCAUCUGCAGGAACCUCAUCCUCAAGAUGGUCAUCCUGGGGAUUCUGUGCUACCACUGGCUGGGCCGCAGGGUGGGCGCCUUAGAGGACCAGUGCUGGGAGAACUUCGUGGGCCAGGAGCUGUACCGGCUCAUGGCGAUGGACUUCAUCUUCACGCUGCUGGACACGCUUUUCGGGGAGCUGGUGUGGAGGCUCAUCGCUGAGAAGAAGCUUCAGAGGGGGAAGCCGGAGUUUGACAUCGCAGGGAACGUUCUGGAGUUGAUUUAUGGGCAGACCCUGACCUGGCUGGGGGUCCUCUUCUCCCCGCUGCUCCCCGCCGUGCAGAUCAUCAAGCUGCUGCUCCUCUUCUAUGUCAAGAAGACCAGCCUGAUGGCCAACUGCCAGGCGCCGCGCAGGCCGUGGAAGGCUUCCCACAUGAGCACCGUCUUCAUCUCGCUGCUCUGCUUCCCCUCCUUCCUGGGCGCUGCCAUCUUCCUCUGCUACGCCGUCUGGCAGGUGAAGCCCUCGAGCAUCUGCGGCCCCUUCCGGACCCUGAACACCAUGUAUGAGGCCGGCAAGGUGUGGGCGGGCCGCCUGGAGCAGGCGGGCCCCGGCGUCUCGUGGCUGCCCUGGCUCCACCGGUCCCUGGUGGAAAACACCUUCCCCGUCUACCUGGUGUCCGCCCUGCUGCUGGCCGUGAUCUACCUCAACAUCCAGGUGGUGAAGGGCCAGCGGAAGGUCAUCUGCCUCCUCAAGGAGCAGAUCAGCAACGAGGGAGAAGACAAAAUCUUCCUCAUCGACAAGAUCCAGUGUGUCUACGAGAGGAAGGAGAGGAGCAGGAUCAGCAGGACCGAGGCAGCUGUGAGGCCCCCAGCGCUGCUCAUAGAUGACGAGGACGCCUGCUAGGACAGCCCGGGUCUGGCAGUCUGCGCGCCCGUUUCCACAGCUCCACAGGCUCCGAUGCUGACAGGGAUGCGAGGAUGGACUUGCCUGAGGCUGCAGCACCCGGGGGUGGGGCGGGGGACACUGCGCGGGACUGUCUAUUCUGAUUAACCACAAUUUGCAAAACGGGCUCAUCUCUUGGGAGUCGGUGCUUACACCAGGCGUGUGUAGGUACCACAGUGCCCCCACCCCCUGCUCUGGGCCCGCAGCCUGCCUCCUGCUGCCCCCUGGACAGCCUCCAGGCCAAGGUCAGAGGAAUCCUGGCCUCCUGUACCUGCCACCCCUUCGGUUUCUCCUUCUGCUGCUUCAAGGCUCCUUUCCUUUCUGCGCCGGGCCCUGGGCCUCACCAGAUGCUCUGGGGGCUCCCCUGAUGCUGGGCUCCUGAAAACAGGUUUGGUGGGGCUUCAGUGCUGAGCACAGGGAGCCCUCUGCUGGCGCAGCCCCAGAUGGCAGGGAUGGACCACGCUGUGGCUUCAGACGCUGCCCCUGCUAGCCUGUGCCCCUGGGGCUGGCACCACUGGGGGGGGUGAGGCAGGCAGGCUAGAACAACUACAGGGUGUGCAGAGGUGACAAAGUGAUACUUUAGAGCCUGUUGGGGUGAGUCAUUUGCUAGUGAGCCAUGGGGAGAGAAGCCUGCAGGCAACCGUGCCCAGGCCUGUGGCAGGAGAGGAGUCUGGCUGUCUGGCACUGGUGAGGGGCGACCCUGGGUCAGCCAGACAGAGCCUGAUGAGCUGUGUGAUGCCGUGGGCCUGAGGGUGCUGUCCACAGGAACUGCGGAAGUGGCCCUGAUGGGGGAGUGGCAGUGGGCCCACCUCCCCUCAUCUCAGGAUGGGAAGAACCCGGGAGAGGGAAGCCUGGCCUGGGCAGCCGGGUCCGACCCACGGCGGCGAUGCGACUGCCUAGGCUGGCCCCACAUGGUCCCAUGCCUGGUGCUCCUGUGUUGUCACCUGCGGACUUGGCCCCAGGGGCCCAUCCUGUGUCAACCUGACUUCCUCAGGCGUCUUUGAUGACAGGGCAGGCGUCCUGGGCUUGUUGUGGCAGGUCCCAGCCAGGAGGGGCCUAGGGACCCUGCGUGGCGACUCCCGCUGGGCCUCGGGCUCUCCAGGCCAACACCCUCGACGCCUGCCUCUGCACGAACAGCACGGAUGGGCUUUUGGGUGGACGUCCAGCCCUUGCGGGCGUUACCUUCGGCUGCGACGGGGCCCACCUCACGUGCCCCGCAGCACCCACGAGGUUGGGACAAGCUGCUGAGGACACACAGGAGUGGGCCCGCGGCUGUUUCUGCAGGUCCUGGCUGUGAGGGUCAGUGGGGGUCCCUGGUUACUAACUCGAGCGCUAAUCACAGUGCAGCCACGACAGCGUUUGUGGAGGGGCUCACCAGCCGGUCACUGGCUUUAAGAUUAUGGGGAGGGCGCCUCCGCCCAUCAGGGGCAAGGGCGCCAGAGCAAAGCGGGGGUCUUCCCAGAGGAAACCGUGCCCGGGGCGGCGUCACCCGCCUGCCCGGCCGGUCCUCCUGCCGCGCGCGCCUCUGGUGCAGUUUCUGACGCCCGUGUGGCCUCCGGACCCUCCAGCUGGACUCUUGCGUGGUGGAGCCCACGUGGGGCUGGGUGAGUGAUGGCUGCUGAGUCAGAAGGGCCUGGAUUUGAUCCUCUUCAGCUGGCGGCCGUGCGCACGCUCUGCAACCUCUCCCAGAUCCGCUUCCUCACCUCACGGGGCUGGUGGAACAACGGACACAGUCUAGACAGUGCCAUUCCACGCCUGGCACGUGGUAGUUUUGCCCAAAAAAUAAAUAAAUAAAUAAAAAUACAAGACAAAUGAGA